UUUCUGAAGGCUAUGGGAGGAAAGCACCCUAUAUCAAUUUUCACUGAUCAAGAUGCAGCUAUUGCUGCUGGAAUAGAACAGGUUUUUCCUUCUUCAAGACACAGGUUAUGCUUGUGGCACUUGAGUAAAAAUGCAAACAGUAGGUUUGGUUUAUUGAAGUCUGAUAAAAAUUUCAAAAACGCAUUCUACAAGUGUUUAAGUGGGUGUAUAACACCAAAUGAUUUUGAAGAAACUUGGAAAUCUAUGAUCAACACUUUUAAGCUGGAAAAAGAUGACUGGUUCAACAGAUUGUAUGGUCUUAAAGAAAAAUGGUGUACAACUUUAAGUAAAGAUUUUUUUUCUGCCGGUAUACUUUCUUCACAAAGGAGUGAAAGUACAAACCAUGCUGUUGGAUUUAAAGCAAAUAAAAGUACAACAUUAACAGAGUUCUAUAGUAUUUUUCAAGCUACAAUAAAUCGAUGGAGAAAAAUCGAAGAAAAAGACGACUUUGACUGUACAAGGGGAAUACCUACUUCAGAGCUAAGUAUGAGUGCUAUAUUAAAACAGGAAGCAAAUGUAUACACGAUAACACUUUUCCGUGAUUUUGAAGAAUAA